CUAAAUUAUUCAAAAAAUUCCCGAAAUUAUAGAUAAGAUCGUUUUAAUAGUUGUAAAAUAUCAUAUUGAAAAAUUAAAACGUAAAUUAUGACCGAUGAUGGUCCAUGCAGGUCUACAUUGGGUAAACUUUUUGGUUGUGUAAAUUCUGGGAUUAAUUGGAAUAUCAAUCAAAUUAAAUCAGCAUGUCCUCCGAAAAAGAAGAAAACCGAAGAGAAAAUUGAAGAGAGUAAAAAAUCAUUGGACAAAGGUUUAGACGACGCUGAUACUGCGGAUAAAAAAAAAAUACCAUACACAUCUCCUAGUGAAAUUUGUCCAACCGUUAAAUCUUGUUGCGUCAUUAAAAUGCAGGAUCCGUGUGCACCCUGUUGUUGCGAGAUGAAAUCGAAACCACCACCUUGCCCACCUACGAGUGGAUUUCAAGAACCACGUCGUCAACCAACGUGUGGUUGUGAUCUUUGUCAAAAAAAUCCUGACAAUGAGAAAUGUUGCGACAGAAAUACAGCUUUUCGCGAUAUAACCAUCGAUCCUAGAUACUUUGAGAAAGCAUAA